AUGCAAGAGCCUCGAAAAGAUGUAUCAUUAAGACCUCCUACGGGGACGAUACACGUCAUCCUCGUCGCUCUAGGAAGAACCGGCUCAUUUCCUUCUAGGGUGCUGUCUGUGGCUCGGCUCUCCGCCGAGGACAGGGAAAGAGAAUUUAAAAUGUCUAUAAAGGGAAGCUCUUUAAUAUUAGGAUUCUCGGACGAAGAUAAGAGGGGAACUAUCCAACCUCACGACGAUGCCUUAGUGGUUACGCUGAGAAUCAGAGGUUUUGAUGUGAGGAGGGUACUGGUAGACCCAGGCAGCGUAGUAGAGGUAAUGUACCCUGAUCUAUACAAGGGGCUGAACUUAAGGCCGGAGGAUUUGACGGCUUAUGACUCUCCCCUUAUCAGCUUCAAAGGGAAGACUGUUGUACCAAAAGGGCAGAUCAGAUUACCCAUACAGACCAGGUUAGAGGUGGUGGAGGUGGACUUUAUCGUGGUCGAUGCCUACUCGCCCUACACAGCGAUAGUAGCCAGGCCAUGGAUCCAUGCCCUAGAAGUCAUAUCUUCCACACUGCACCAAAAGGUAAAAUACCCGUCCGGAGGCCAAGUGGAAGAGAUUCGUGGAGAUCAGGCCAUGGCUAGGCAGUGUAUGGUGGCCGCCAUCUCACGUCAAUCCAAUGCCGAGUCCUUGGUCGGCUCGGAGUUACCUCCUCAAGAAAAAGAGGAACUGGUCGGGUUCCUGAGGAGAAAUGUUGAUGUAUUUGCAUGGGAUGCUUACGAUGCCCCGGGGGUUAACCCUAGUCUCAUUUGUCACUACUUAAAUGUUAACCCAUCUUUUAUUCCAAAAAAGCAGCCACUCCGACGCCCCUCGAAAGAACAUGCUAGUGCCGUUAGAGACGAAGUGACGAAGCUGAAAAAGGAAGGGGCUAUCAAAGAAGUCUUUUACCCCGAGUGUCUGGCAAAUACGGUGGUGGUAAGAAAGAAAACGGGGAAGUGGCAAGUCUGCGUGGACUUCACAGACUUGAACAAGGCAUGCCCGAAAGACCCGUUCCCGUUACCUUGA